GCUGUGUGAGCGCCGCGACGGGUCCAGGUGCGGCCUCAGGGGCUGAGCGAGGCCUCGAGGUUCGCCGGAGCUUGGAGUGCGCGCGGUGCCGUCGCACUGACGAUGCCUGUCUUUCUCUUUCUCUCUCUCUUUCUUUUUCUCUUUUUUUUUUUUUUUUCUCCGAACAAAUAGUUCCUACCGCGCUGGAAUCAUUUACGAGCUCCCCGCUAAUAACUGAUGCGAUCCUCUGUGUGUGACGGAGCCGGGCGCUGUGCGGGGCUGCCCUUCCUCCUCACCCCCAGCCUCGUGCGUUGUUUUCCUCACAGAGCAUCGCCCCGGCUUUUAUCCUGUCGAGUAACUUCGAAGUCUGUUGGGUGCUGCUGCCGCUGCUGCCAGUUUUUCUUUUUGAUUCUUUUUUAUUAUUGUUAUUUUUGUGACUGUAGGAGUUUAGUUGGGAAGUCAUAGUGGUGUUAAAAGAUCGGUGAAACUUUCCUCUCUCGUCUCUGAAGGAAAAACAAAAAAAAAUCAUUGCGAAAUUAGAACGCAAAUCUUUACCUAUGCGGUCGUCUUAAAAGUCAGCUCUGUUUCAUUCUGUUGCUCCUCAACCGCAGGUUUCAGCUAGAACCUCUCUGAUAGCCCGGGUGUGGAUGGAGAGCAUGAAACAGUCCUGUUAUUCGCAUAGAAAUUCCCAAAAGACACUGAGAGAAAGGAGCAGCAGGAUAUGGGAUAGCCCUGCCUCAGCGCAGUGCAAUUCUAGGUUUGAAUUGUUGCCUUCUUGAACGCUGAGCUGUGUUUGAAAUCGUGCAGUCCCACCCAAAUGAGGUAUUAGGCAGCCUUUAGCGUGGCUGCAAGCUUACAGAGUGACUUCUGAAGUAUUCCAGCACAGCAUUGCAUUCAGUGCGAUGCUCAGGGACAGCCCUGCUCACCACAGGGUGUUGGUGCAGCUGGCAUUGCCAUGCCAGGCCAUAUGGGGGAAAACACAGCUCAGUUCUCGUUCAUAAGUUAUAGUUCUGUGGGUUUUUCCCCCUUCCCCAGAACCUUUGAUCUUGAAGAUGGUGAGUAGCCAGCCUAAGUACGAUCUAAUACGGGAGGUUGGUCGUGGCAGUUAUGGUGUGGUGUACGAAGCAGUCGUCAGGAAGACCUCUGCACGGGUGGCAGUGAAAAAGAUUCGGUGCCAUGCUCCAGAGAACGUGGAACUAGCUCUGCGUGAGUUCUGGGCACUUAGCAGUAUCAAGAGCCAGCAUCCCAACGUCAUUCACCUGGAGGAGUGCAUCUUGCAGAAAGAUGGCAUGGUGCAGAAGAUGUCACAUGGCUCCAGUUCCUCCCUUUAUUUACAGCUUGUAGAGACCUCAUUAAAAGGAGAAAUAGUCUUUGAUCCCAGAAGCGCUUAUUACCUUUGGUUUGUAAUGGAUUUCUGUGAUGGAGGAGAUAUGAAUGAGUAUCUGUUGUCUCGAAAACCAAACCGCAAGACCAACACCAGUUUCAUGCUUCAGCUCAGCAGUGCGCUGGCUUUCCUGCACAAAAAUCAGAUUAUUCAUCGUGAUCUCAAACCUGACAAUAUUCUGAUAUCGCAGAGCAGGAUGGAUGCCAGUGACUUGGAGCCCACGCUGAAAGUAGCUGACUUUGGGCUGAGUAAGGUAUGUUCAGCUUCAGGACAGAAUCCCGAGGAACCAGUCAACGUAAAUAAGUGUUUCCUAUCGACUGCUUGUGGGACUGACUUCUAUAUGGCCCCCGAAGUCUGGGAAGGACACUACACUGCCAAAGCAGACAUUUUUGCACUGGGGAUCAUAAUCUGGGCAAUGCUAGAAAGAAUCACAUUUGUAGACACAGAGACAAAGAAGGAACUCCUGGGUAGUUACGUCAAGCAGGGCUCAGCAAUCGUGCCUGUUGGAGAGGCACUGCUAGAAAACCCUAAGAUGGAGCUGCUCAUCCCUGUAAAGAAAAAAUCCAUGAAUGCACAGAUGAAACAGUUGAUUAAGGAAAUGCUGGCUGCCAACCCGCAGGACCGUCCUGAUGCUUUUGAACUAGAGCUGCGAUUAGUCAACAUAGCUUUUAAAGACAGCAGCUGGGACACGUGAGCUGCCGAGCGGUCGUCUCUUGGAAGAGCUGCUCCUUGCCCAGCAGAUGGUGCAACUUAAUGGCAGUAAAGAAACGAGCCCGAUCUCAGACCUGCAGGGUGUAGUUUCUAUUGAUGGAAUUUUGAGUUCCAUACGUUAUAAGAAUGUUGGCAGUUGUGUUAGAGAUGCUUUGUGUUUGUUUCCAGGAUGUUAUGUGUUAAGUCUUAAGAUGUGACAAUGUUUGUUUGUGUGCGUUGGCAGUGGGACAUCCUAAGAGCUGAGACUUGAUUUCCAGCCAGAUCUCAGAGUAUUUAAUACAUUCCAGUUUCCUAUAUCAGUAUUAGGAUCUCUCCUGGAAGAAGAGAUUUGCAUGCUGGUAGUGCAAAUCUUCAGGUUUGUAAAGUUAAUUGUGUAUAUAUUUAUGCAUAUGAGUGACAGAGAGCGUAUGCCUGCAAGUGUGUUGCAUUCCAUGAGGAAAUGACACUUUUCCUAAAUUAUUUGCUGUGGGUCUGAAUGUUUGGGUUCUGCUAGAAAACUGGGUGAAUAAGAUGGAUGAGAAUCAUUCCUUCUUUGGUCCGGGAUAACUUUAUUAUUUAUUUUUAUCUAUUGUUGAAGGUAGGGUCUAAGACUUGACUUUGUGAGCAAAAAAUACGAUGCAAGUGUGUCAGCAGCUCUCAGAGUGCUGAGGUGGCUGAGCUUUGCACUCACAGCUCAAGGAGCUCAGCACUGAGGGAUUCCAAUGCCAAGUGUGUGCAGCUGGGUGCUAGCAUGUUGGUGAGGUCAUUAAUCAUUCAAUUUUGCUUUCUCCUACUAAUCAAAUACUUUAUUAAUCCACUAAUCUGCAGUUCCACAACGUGCUCACUGCUCUCCUACCUGUAGUCCAGCAGCAAACAGAGUACUUAGAAUAGGACAGUACUGUGAGCUUCCAUCGCGAGAAUGUGAACGCCUGGUGAGGGAAUCCAGCAGCAUUGAAGCUCUGGAUUUAAGAGCACUCAGUUAUGGGUCCAGCACAGCUGGAUUGGAUGUCACUGGGCACAGGCUUUUCCUUUUUGAUGCUUACUGUCACCUGGGAGCGAUGGGGAGGAAGAGGUGACUGUCACCUCUUGGACAUGGAACACAUGCAUUCUCUUGUGUGAAUAAGCAGUGCAGGCAGAAUAACUGCUUGUUCCUCCAGAAGCAAAGGAUUCUAACUCUAUCAGAACUCUGUGGCUGUACAGGCUGCAGCAGCAGUUUUGAGCUGUAGCUCUGACCUGGUGCAGCACUGGUGGCAGCAGACCUGGGGUCAUUAGCCUUUAAUCCUUGUCACUUUGCAUCACUUUGUGUAAGGCAGCUCACCUGAACAGGGAUGCUCAGAUGAGCAUUGCUGCCUUGAAACAAAGCAAUGUUUAACGUUCAGAAGAUGUCAUGGAGGAACUCUCAGGUGAUCCAUCAGCUGAGUGCAGCAGAGCACCUCUGGGAGCAUCAGUUGGUGGGGAAGGAGGUGAGUGACAACAGGGUUGUGCUGCUGACCCUGCAGGGAGCUCAGGCUAUAAGGCAGGGCUUGGAACCUGUCUGUGGGUAGUGGAUGACAGGCAGAGAUGCACCUCUCGUGCUCUGGAAGUGGAGAUCUGCUCAUUCUCAUGUUUUAACUGGGCUCAUUGCAAGUGAGGGCUCAGCUUGUUAUUGACAGGAGGAGAGCAAUCCUCUUGCUGUCUGCACCAGCACUUUUACAGUACUUCCAUCCCAGCACCAGUCAUCCAGUGAGGAUUUUGUGAAGUUUUAAGAGGAUGUAUCAUCUUCCAUGCUAAACCUGAGAGGUUUUGGAAACACAUUAGCUCCUUCCUCUCACCUGCCCACCCAAAAGACAGAAUCAACUAUGUUAAUCUUACAGCAUUAAGCUACAGAACAACAGCACUUACCUUUAAGUCCUCUGCAAGUCCUCUGGUUCUCCUCAAGCACUUCAAAGGUUGAACACUGAGCGUGCUGCCGAGCUGCACCACAGAGUUGGGUGCUGAUGAAUGGCACAGAAAAAAUGUUUUUUGACUCCCACAGCACUUGUUUGCACUGAUUGCCACUUUAAAGGGUGGGGGAACCUGAAAUCCCUCUCAUGGUGCUUAGCUGGUGGGUGACACUGGGCAUGUCCUCGGUUCAUGAGGAGUAGUAGUUCUUGAGGUGUGUGUUCUGUUUGGUGGUGAGGUCUUUGUUUUAAAGCCUUAUGAUAAAUCAAACUUGUAGCAGCUACAGAAUUGUUCACCAGCACGACACAAAGUCAAGAUACUCUUCAGCACUCGUCAAAGGUUUUUCAAAAUCUUCCUUUAAAAAUUGUAAAAUAUAUUUUAUGCAGGAUUUAUAAUUGAGAGAUUGUGUAACUUAUUAAGUUCAUGCUUCUUUUUUUUUUAAUAAAAACCUGAAUUUCAAUGAA